AUGACAACGGUAUCACCGAAUGCAUUAUUGGCCGAGGCCAGACGACAGUUCGUUGAAGGUGAAAAACUUGACAUCAAGCUUCUCGAUGAGGUGAUAACCAUUAUGAAUCAUUCACAUGGUGACCUUCAAAAGGAGGCAAAUUUAAUCUUGACGAAUCUCAAAGAGGAUCCGAACUCUUGGACAAAAGUUGACGCAAUUUUGCAGUUCUCCGACCUUAAUGAAUCCAAAUAUUUUGCAUUGCAAAUUUUGGAAAAUGUCAUUCAAACAAAAUGGAAAUCGCUGGCGGUGGUGCAGCGCGAAGGAAUCAAGAAUUUUAUCAUCACAAUGAUGCUUCGAUUGAGUUCGUCACAUGAGGAAAUGUCGGCGAAUUCGUUGCUUCUUCAAAAAUUGAACCUGGUAUUAGUUCAGAUUGUCAAACAAGACUGGCCCAAAAAUUGGCCAUCGUUCAUCACAGAUAUCGUGGAAUCGUCGAAGACCAAUGAAACCGUUUGCAUCAACAAUAUGAACAUUCUCAGCUUGUUGAGCGAGGAAGUUUUCGACUUUGGAUCGCAGAACUUGACGCAAGCCAAAGAGCAACAUCUCAAGCAACAAUUCUGCGGGCAAUUCCAAGAUGUUUUCACGUUGUGCGUCAGCAUUCUUGAAAAGUGCCCAUCAAACUCGAUGGUCCAAGCGACGCUGAAGACAUUGCAUCGAUUCUUGACGUGGAUUCCCGUUGGUUAUGUCUUCGAAACCAACAUCACGGAACUUCUCUCUGAAAACUUCCUCUCGCUGGAAGUUUAUCGAGUUAUCACCCUUCAAUGCUUGACCGAAGUGUCUUUGAUUCAAAUCGACACCAACGAUCCGAGUUAUAAUGAGAAGCUCGUUACAAUGUUCUGCUCGACGAUAAAAGAAAUUUCGAAUCUUCUCGGGCCCGAUCCGGAUUUGGCGUCUGUGUACAAACAGGCGACUGAUCAGGACCAGACUUUCAUCAGCAGUUUGGCGCAAUUCUUGACUGCCUUCAUAAAAGAGCACAUCAGUUUAAUUGAGAUUGUUGAUCCGAUGACUGAUCGACAGAAGAUCAUUAACGAGGCGCAUAAUUAUGCUCUCACUCUUCUUCUCAAUAUUUCGUUGGUCGAAGAUAUGGAGAUAUUCAAGGUGUGCCUUGAUUGCUGGUGCUGGCUGACUGCUGAACUCUAUCGCGAAUGCCCUUUCAUUCCGCCGACGUCGAUUAUCGGAUUCCCGAACUCCUAUCGCGAUCAUCCGCGCAGAAGACUUUACUAUGACCAUUUGUCGCGUCUUCGUUCGAUCAUGAUCUCGAGAAUGGCGAAACCCGAAGAAGUUCUUGUUGUCGAGAACGAUCAAGGCGAGGUGAUUCGAGAAAUCGUCAAAGAUACUGACUCGAUUGCGUUGUACCGCAACAUGCGCGAAACAUUGGUGUAUUUGACGCAUUUGGACUGUAAAGACACCGAGAUGAAGAUGACUGAACGAUUGGCGACGCAAGUCACCGGACAAGAGUUCUCGUUCAAAAAUUUGAAUCGAUUGUGCUGGGCGGUUGGCUCGAUUUCGGGAACGAUGAGCGAGGAGGACGAAAAACGAUUUUUGGUGCUCGUUAUUCGAGAUUUGUUGGGACUUUGCGAGCAGAAACGCGGUAAAGACAACAAGGCAGUGAUUGCCUCGAAUAUUAUGUACGUGGUUGGACAAUAUCCGAGAUUUUUGCGGGCUCAUUGGAAAUUUUUGAAAACGGUUAUCAACAAAUUGUUUGAGUUUAUGCACGAGACGCAUGAAGGUGUCCAAGACAUGGCUUGUGAUACAUUCAUCAAAAUUGCCAUCAAAUGCAAACGUCAUUUUGUCAUUAUGCAACCUGGCGAGACGAAGCCAUUUAUCAAUGAGAUGCUUACGAAUUUGAACGGAAUAAUUUGCGAUUUGACGCCAGCACAAGUGCACGUAUUCUAUGAAGCUGUUGGGCAUAUCAUCUCGGCGCAAAUUGAUCCGGUUCUCCAAGAGCCGCUUAUCGAUGAACUGAUGUCACUGCCGAAUCGCCUUUGGGCGGAUAUUAUAUCAUCGGCUGGAACAAGCGAUUCGGUUUUGGAGGAUGAUGAGACCGUCAAGAGUAUUCUGAAUAUCUUGAAGACGAAUGUCGCCGCGUGCAAAUCAAUUGGAAACGCGUUCGUUUAUCAAUUGGGAAAUAUUUAUAUGGAUCUCUUGUCGCUCUACAAAAUUUUGUCCGAGAAGGUCUCGAAAGCUGUCCAAAUGAACGGCGAGGACAUUUUGAAGAAUUCGCUUGUCAAAUCGAUGAGAGCUGUCAAACGCGAGAUUCUCAUUCUGCUUUCCACAUGGAUUUCGAAGACGCAAGAUGCUCCGCUUGUACUCGACAAUAUCGUUCCGCCAUUGUUUGAUGCCGUGUUGUUCGAUUACAAGAGAAAUGUGCCGCAAGCGAGAGAGCCGAAGGUGUUGUCGCUUUUGAGUAUUCUCGUAACUCAACUUGGCAGCACAUUAUCACCGCAAGUGCCGAAAAUUCUUGAAGCUGUAUUUGAGUGCACCCUUGAAAUGAUCAAUAAGGAUAUGGAGGCUUUCCCAGAGCACCGUACCAACUUUUUCGAGCUCAUCCUUUCGUUGAUUCAAGAAUGUUUUCAAGUGUUCAUGGAAAUGCCGCCCGAGCAAUUCUCGUACAUCAUUGAUUCCGUUGUGUGGGCAUUCCAGCACUCGAUGAGAAAUGUUGCCGAAAUUGGUGAGUUUGUUUUUUCUUUAAUUUUUUUCAUAUUAAUUUCAAUAUCGAAACAUUUUAUCGUGCAACUCAUCAGCAAUUUACAACCUUGA